UGGGGCUUUGAUAGAAUCACCCAUCACAAAAAGGGCUCUUGACGUGGCAAAUCCUCAUUGGAUAUUGAAUCGUGGAAAACGUCAUGAAACCAGAUCCCGGUUCACACAACAUAACGCCCGGUCCAAACAAAAAAGCUUCCUAAUUUGAUUGAAUUCAUAUUCUUUUGAAGGUGAAAAACCUCAAAAUCUCUAUCUCUAAAUCCCAAUUCACUAAGCGAAUUGCCCCAUUUCGAGUUAGGCGAUUCAGUUUAUUGAAGUUGCACCAUUUAGAGCACAAAAAGGGUGAUUUUGGGGCAAUUCUGUACAAUGGAGGCGGAGCUCAAAGUUUUGCUGAGUGAACUUCACAACCUGAAGGAUUCUCUGCGUGAUCCUUCUCAUAUAGGUUUGAUUGAUCAGAUACAAUCACGUGUUGAGCAUCUAUCUACAGCAGAAAAAAUAGCAAAUGCACAGCGUUCCAAGAUUAAGGAUAUGAGUGCUGAGGUGGUUGAUAGCAACCCUUACAGCAGGCUUAUGGCACUUCAGAGGAUGGGUAUCGUGGAAAACUAUGAAAGAAUUAGAGAAUUUUCAAUUGCCAUAGUUGGUAUAGGUGGUGUGGGCAGUGUUGCAGCUGAGAUGCUAACAAGGUGUGGCAUCGGUCGCCUCUUGUUGUAUGACUACGAUAAAGUGGAGUUAGCUAACAUGAAUAGGCUUUUUUUCCGCCCCGAUCAGGCUGGGAUGACUAAGACAGAUGCUGCUGUCCAAACUCUUUCAGGCAUAAACCCCGAUGUUGUACUUGAGAGCUAUACUUUGAACAUCACAACAGUACAAGGCUUUGAGACCUUCAUGUCAAGUCUUACAAAUAAAUCAUUUCGUCCAGAUAAAGAAGGUAGUGGAGUUGAUCUUGUUUUAAGCUGUGUUGACAAUUAUGAAGCACGAAUGGUGGUAAAUCAGGCUUGCAAUGAAUUGACCCAAACAUGGAUGGAGUCUGGUGUAUCCGAAAAUGCUGUUUCUGGUCAUAUACAGUUGUUGGUUCCUGGUGAAACGGCUUGUUUUGCCUGUGCACCUCCCUUGGUUGUAGCAUCUGGGGUUGAUGAACGUACACUAAAGCGUGAAGGGGUUUGUGCUGCAUCUUUGCCAACUACAAUGGGAAUUGUCGCGGGGCUUCUUGUUCAAAACACUCUUAAAUAUUUACUGAAGUUUGGAAGUGUCACUCCCUAUUUGGGUUACAAUGCCCUCAAAGAUUACUUCCCAACAAUGGAAAUGAAACCAAACCCUCAAUGUUCAAAUGCUGCUUGCUUGGAGAGACAGAAAGAGUAUAUGCUUGUGAAGCCUGCCAGAGAUGCCGCCGCCGCUGCUGCUAAAGCCAAGAUGGAAGCUGAAGAAUCAGUAGAACCUGAAUGCCUUCACGAUGACAAUGAAUGGAACAUAAGUGUGGUCGAUGAUGACGAUGUACAAGUCUCAGAUGCUAGUUCAGGUGCCAUAACGGAAGGCCUCGUUCAUGAGCUUCCGAGUGCUGAUGCAUUUCAGCAGCCACUUACUACGGAGGAAACCACCACCACCACCACUGCUGAUGACCUCGACGAAUUGAGAAAACAGCUGGAAGCGCUUAACGCGGACUAGGUUUGAUUUGUUCACUCAUGGAGGUCGACAAAUUGCUGCGGCUUGUGUUACCCUUGUUUCUUUAACUAUUAGAACCCAGUUUUGUCUAGAACACCUUGAGUGCCCUUUUGAAGAUGGAUAUUGCAAUGUAUGUUUAUGCAAGUGGAUUAUUCAUUUUCAUCUAGUAAAAAGAAACUGUCGACCAAUUGGAUUCUGCAUAGUGGGAUUUCAUUGGUAUUUUAGGCAA